CACGUCAUUUGCUAUUAUGGAAUUUGUUGAGCGCUGUGCGGGAUUGUUUACAGUAACUAGCUAGAAACGAAGACGUUUAAGUCAUUGGGAUGAAUUUUUGAUAGGGAAGAUCGGUUUCCUUUAAACAAAAAAUCGCCUUUUUUUCAGUUUCUUUCUUCGCACAGCUGCUAAUUCCACCAGCUCUUUGUGUCUUUGUGUGGUUUGUUUUUGUUGAGCACAGACGGAGACAGACAGAGGGUUUCUCCGGGCUUUCGACGUACGUUAAAGUGUCACAAAAUCGUGUAAGGAGCAUAAAAAGUACUGCCAUUUCGCAUUUCAUAUCUGAACAGUGAGGUGUUUGGCGGAGUUGAAGAGGAAGAUGGGUAAUUGUUUAAAGUCUCUUGCUUCGGAUGACAUUUCUUUGCUUCAUGAGUCGCAGUCAGACAGAGCCAUUUUCGGCGACGGCACUGAUCCGGACCAGGAACCGCCACCGCCUUACCAGGAGCAGAUCCAUGUACCCGUGUACCACCCCACUCCAAGUCAGACCCGGUUGGCGACGCAGCUGACCGAGGAAGAGCAAGUGCGCAUUGCACAGAGGAUCGGCCUCAUUCAGCACUUGCCCAAAGGAGUUUUUGACCCCGGCAGUGACGGCAGCGAGAAGAAAAUACGAGAGUGUGUGAUCUGCAUGCUGGAUUUUGUGUAUGGGGAUCCAAUCCGGUUCCUGCCUUGCAUGCACAUCUACCAUAUGGAUUGCAUCGAUGACUGGCUGAUGCGCUCCUUUACCUGCCCCUCCUGUAUGGAGCCUGUGGAUGCUGCACUUCUCUCGUCCUACGAAACCAACUGAACAUUUUUGCCUACAUACACAUACAUUUUUGGAAUAUAGGCAGGGGACAGGUCAGAGUUAUUUCUCAUAGCACUAUGGUAUAGUGCAGGACUGCUUCCCUCCUGGGUUGUCCUGCUGGACAGGGAAACCUACAGGAGCCACACAAGUGAGACUCUUUACAACAUCCUGGUAACCUGGACCAUUCUGAUGUGCCACCCCUUACACUGGAAAGCAGAAAGCGGUUAAAAAGAACUGAUAGGAGUGGAAACUGUGUUUUGUGUUUCCAUCCCUCUCUUUGGAUGUAAUACAUUGGGGGUGUGAAUAAAAAAAAACAAAAAAAAACAAAGAUGAAACAUGCUUGCACCUAAAUUACAAGUAGUGAAAUUUGCACUUUUCUGAGACCCCUUUCCCCACAAAGCCUUGUUCUACAAGUAAGGGCAUGUACAGCUCAUUGAACUAAUUCCAUUCAGCUCCCAGUCUCUAGGUUUCCUGUUAAGCGUACUAACUGUAUCCAGUUGUUGUGGGACAUGCUUUAGUGGAAGCUGAGAAGUAGAACCCUUAGGCUGAGAAAUUUUUUUGUUUUGUUAUUGGGGAUGGAUUACAAUAUACAGUGCAGUCUAACAAACUGACUGUGACUUUCGAAAUGUAACUGUGAAUUGAAUGUGCAGACUGACGCUUUAA